GGGUCGCGUCGGACACGUUCUACUUCCCUACAUUGGAGAAAAAGGGGACUCUCAACCCGAACGGGCGGUGCAAGACCCGAUUCCAUCAUCACCAACAUCAUCAUCCUCAUCAUCAUCAUCACACUGGACCUGCAAAGAUCAGCCGUGAGAGAGCGUCGGCCAUUGACUGCACAUCAAGACUUCAGAUCCGCUAGAGAUGGCAGGGAUCCUGGCGUGGUUCUGGAACGAGAGGUUCUGGCUCCCGCACAACGUCACCUGGGCUGACCUGAAAAACACAGACGAGUCCACCUUUCCACAAGCCGAGGAUCUGUACCUGGCGUGUCCUUUAGCAUUCUGCAUGUUUAUGAUCCGACUGGUCUUUGAGAGGUUCAUUGCGAGGCCAUGUGCACUAGGUCUGAAGAUCCAAGCCAACGGGCCGCUGAAGGCUCAGCCCAACGCCAUUCUGGAGAAAGUCUUCACUGCCAUCACCAAGCACCCUGAUGAGAAGAGGUUAGAGGGUCUGUCCAAGCAGCUGGACUGGGACGUGAGGACCAUCCAACGCUGGUUCAGACAACGACGCAACCAGGAGAAACCCAGCACACUGGCACGCUUCUGCGAGAGCAUGUGGAGGUUCACCUUUUACCUGUACAUAUUUACUUACGGUGUGCGCUUCCUGAAGAAGAGCCCGUGGCUGUGGGACACCCGAGAGUGCUGGUACAACUACCCCUAUCAGCCGUUAACCGUGGAUUUGCAUUACUACUACGUACUGGAGCUGUCCUUCUAUCUGUCGCUGCUCUUCUCGCAAUUCACAGACAUCAGAAGAAAGGACUUUCUCCUGAUGUUCCUGCAUCAUGUGGCCACCAUCUCUCUGAUCACCUUCUCAUAUGUGAAUAACAUGGCUCGUGUGGGAACGCUGGUCAUGUGUCUGCAUGAUGCUGCCGACGUCCUGCUGGAGGCUGCUAAAAUGGCCAACUAUGUCAAAUGCCAGAGACUCUGCAGCGUCCUGUUCGUCAUGUUUGCCCUGGUGUUCAUCAGCUCCAGGCUGGGAGUGUAUCCUGUAUGGAUUUUAAACACCACUGUGUUUGAGAGCUGGGAUAUCGUCGGGCCGUACCCUUCGUGGUGGGUGUUUAACGUGCUGCUCGUCCUGCUGCAGGCCCUUCACACCUUCUGGUCGUACCUCAUAGUGCGCAUCGCCUGCAGGGCCAUCUCCAGAGGAAAGGCGGGAAAAUGGAAUCCUUUACAUGUGUCAAAGGAUGACCGCAGUGACAUUGAGUCCAGCUCUGAUGAAGACGAGGUUCUUCCUCGCUGUCAGAAACAUCACACUAAUGGGACCAACGGCACCAACGGGUACCUGUCCCAGUCCCCGUGCCCAGACGAACACUAACCGUCCACCCAGCAUGGAGGACGUUUCCCUGGUUCCCAGCUGCGUCACUCUCCGUUGUGUCAAAUCAUAUAUGAACAUUACCGGUCCCGUACUGGAACUUCUCAAUAAUGUGAAUGCGGUUCUGUUUCGUUUGUUUGCUUUUCACCAUUUCCUCUCCAGAUGUUUUGUGCUCCAUUCGUUGGCCUUUGUUUUUGUGGUUGUUUAUCCUGCGACAUUCGUUAUCGAAGCACCUUUUAGAUUCAGUGCGGUUCACACUUUACUUUCAAGCGGGUGAAUGCAAGCACCGUUCUUUCUUUCAUAAUCACGUGAGCAUGCUGCUGCGGUCAUGUAUUCUGGCAUCAUGGGAACAGUAGGUUUCUUGGAUUAGUGUUAUUGUGUAUAUAUAUUUUUUUUGUAACUUUAAUUCAUGUGCUUUUUUUAUUUAAUAUGUUCCCCUUUUCCACGACAAGACGUCGGUGCUGGAGCUAGUGCCCAGUCUAGAACCGCUCUGGAUGCAAUUUCUUAUAUACCAACAUAGUUCAGUGAUUUUGGUAUUUCCUGAAUCCACAGUUCCAAUAAACAUUUGCAAAAAUCAUCACAAA